GUGGGUGGAGUGAGGGAGAAUAGCGUAUCCCGCACACGCAGUUUGGCCUGAGAAAAUACAGCAGAACUUGCAUACGUAGUACGGAAUAGUACCAAUGUAGAUAGAUAGAUUAAGAAAUCUGAUAAGGCCCUUAACCUCCAACUUGGGAACUAGCCUUUCCACACCACCUUGUCUAAGGAGAUAGAGGUGGAAAACGCUAGCCGACAGAUACUGUCUAUCAUGACAGCCCAAGCUAUCUACAUUGCACCCCCAAAAAGAGAGAGGAAGUUCAUUGGGGUUCUGAAUGGCGCCUCCCAUCUAGAGAUUCCAGACAGGGCAGGUGGGGUGACGGGAAGGUGGAAUGGAAACAACCCCACCAUUCUUGGCACAGUCCCCACCAGUCGGGCUGAAAAAAAUUAUUGCCCACAGACCCUUUGCUAGAGCGGGUACAUUGGAUGUUCAUGUUUGUCGAGGGCUGAAAUAUUCAAAGUUCCAUGUUAAGUCAAACCACCAUCCCCUAGGACCCGGUAUGGGGUUAGAUUCCUGUAUGAGUCAAGCACAGCUGCUGCACAAGGCGGUCAAGUCGUCCAUCACAUCUUAUUAUGUUCUUCCCCUAUUCUUCCCGCCUCGUUUGGGUCUCUUUUUGACCGGGACGGGAUAUCAAAGCAUAUCAGCCAAUCAACCCCCCACAACUGAGGGCAUGGUGGUAACGGUUAUUCAUCCAGUUCCACGACAGCUCCUUGUUGCCUACCAAAGUACAUCAUCUCUGAGAUGGCUACCACCCUUGCUCAGUUUCCUCUUGCCUGUCUCUACCCCAACCGAAACAAGUCCUGUCAGACACGGACUACCUCUCACAUUCUCCCCCUUGGCCGAUGGCCGGCCAUUGCGCCCCUGCUCUUUUGUCAGUAAAAUGUGCCCCACACUAGCCGCCAAGAGCAGUCAUGCAAGACUGUACCUAUAUAAAUGUGGACAUUGACAGUCAUGAUCACCUCAUUGUUCAUUAUUGACUAUAACGACUAUUGCGUUUGCCUUCCCGGUUAGGGAAGUCCCUGGCUGGCCUUGUGCAAUUUCCUCGAGCACUGGCUGGGCCCCAGGG